ACCCGGUUCCUCCGGCUCGACUGGCGACUGGGGAGGGAAGCUCCUCGGACGCUGGGCCUGUGUGCACGCCCAGCACACGUGCGUGGCUCCUUGAUUGACCACGUGGCGCUGGCUGUUGGUGACGUGGCUGUCUGAGACGCGCGGGCAGGGGUACCGCCAGCUGAGAGAGAGACGACGACAAACAUGGCGGCGCAGCCGUUCGGGAACACGAUGGAGUUGGUGGGGGAGUUGCAAUACGGAGAUAUUCUUUUCUACAUGGACGACGACGUCUCGUAUGCUGAGGAUGGUGGGCAAGAUGACGAAGACGUGGUCGGCUACAACGCUAAUAUUUGUGCAGGGUGUGUGGACUGGGAAGUAGAUAGUGAAAUAGACUGUGAAGGGGAUGUGGGGGACAGGGAUGAACAUGAGGAGGGGGCUGGAGGAUGGUGCGAGAACCUGAUGGCGCUUUCAUUUCAGGGUGGCACCGAGAUUGCCGACGCCGUCACUCAUCUGCAGCAGGGUGAUGGAGUCCAGGCGGAUGAGUGGGAGGUGGAGCAGGGGUUCUUGGCAGAGGCGGUGGUUGUGAUGGAGAAGAGGCAUGGGAUGGGCGAGAUGGGCACGAAGGGUGGGAAGGUUGAUGACAACAACAACAACAACAACAACAACAACAACAACAACAACGACGGUGAGCAGCAAAUGGCUGAAAUCGGCGCGACGGGCAAGGAGGAUGAUAACAACAACAACGAUGGGGUCGCUCAUCUGCAGCAGGGUGAUGGAGACCAGGCAGAUCAGUGGGAGGCGGAGCAGGGGUUCAUGAUAGAGGCGGCGGAUGUGGUGGAGGAGAUGCUGGGAAUGGGCAAGAUAGGCGAGAAGGGUGGGAACGUGGACAUCAACAACAAAAUUGGGCUUGAUGUCUCGUUUACUAUGGUGCUGUGCUAAGGGUUUGGGCUGUUCACUUAGGGGACAUGUAUAGAUCGAUGAAUGAAUACAGACAGAUUGG